AUGAGUGCCGUUGCAGUUAGUGAAGUGUCAUUGAACACGCAUGAAAGUGGGAUUAAGUCGUAUUACGAUCAAAAAGUCCAGGAAACAGAGCUUAAAAUUAGGGCCAAAACGCAAAACUUGAGACGUUUGGAGGCACAGAGAAAUGCGCUCAACGACAAAGUGCGGUUCAUCAAAGAUGAACUUCGGCUGUUGCAAGAGCCCGGAUCGUACGUGGGAGAGGUGGUAAAAGUGGUUUCAGACAAAAAAGUGCUGGUGAAAAUUCAACCUGAAGGCAAGUAUAUUGUGGAUAUCGCCAAAGACAUCAAUGUGAAAGAUCUAAAAGCGUCCCAGCGAGUGUGUUUGAAGAGCGACUCGUACGCUUUGCACAAAAUCCUGGAAAACAAAGUAGACCCUCUGGUGUCGCUUAUGAUGGUUGAAAAAGUGCCCGAUUCGACCUACGAUAUGGUGGGUGGUCUAACCAAACAAAUCAAAGAAAUCAAGGAAGUGAUUGAGCUGCCCGUGAAACAUCCAGAACUGUUUGAAAGUUUGGGCAUUGCACAGCCCAAGGGUGUCAUUCUGUACGGACCUCCGGGUACCGGUAAGACUCUACUUGCCAGAGCUGUGGCGCAUCACACAGACUGCAAGUUCAUUAGAGUUAGUGGUGCCGAGCUGGUGCAAAAAUAUAUUGGUGAAGGUUCACGUAUGGUGCGAGAACUGUUCAUAAUGGCCCGCGAACACGCUCCCUCGAUCAUCUUCAUGGACGAAAUCGAUUCCAUUGGAUCUAGUCGUGUAGAGGGAAGCUCCGGUGGUGAUUCAGAAGUGCAAAGAACCAUGUUAGAACUGCUCAAUCAAUUGGAUGGUUUCGAAACUUCCAAAGACAUCAAAAUCAUCAUGGCCACCAACAGACUCGAUAUUCUGGAUCCUGCAUUACUUAGACCCGGAAGAAUCGAUCGUAAGAUCGAAUUUCCUCCACCCACAGUGGCUGCAAGAGCCGAGAUUUUGCGUAUCCACUCCCGGAAAAUGAAUUUAACGAGAGGCAUCAAUCUCCACAAGAUUGCUGAAAAAAUGAACGGCUGCUCUGGUGCCGAUGUGAAAGGUGUGUGUACAGAAGCCGGGAUGUACGCAUUGCGGGAGCGUAGAGUGCAUGUUACGCAGGAAGAUUUCGAGCUUGCCGUGGGUAAGGUAAUGAACAAGAAUGACGAGACCACCAUCUCCGCUGCCAAACUAUUUAAGUGA